UGUACGUUCGCGCUCAAAGCAGUCAGAUUUCACGAUUGUUUCUAGUUUGACCUAUUAUUUUUCUAUUUCCAUUAGGAAUUGUUUAAAUCGUUUUCUAUGUGAUAAUUUCGAUUUAACGUUUUCAAUUUGCGUUAGGGAUGGACGCGUAGCUGUCGCCGCGUUGGGUGCACAGAGUUUAGUUUAGUUACGUCUUGUGGUGUUUGUAAAACCGGUCGUAGGUGCUAAUUUAAAGAUUUUGUUUGUUGAUAUAAAUGUUUUGUCAACUAAAGUUAUAUAAAAGGUAGCUUUGAGACUUUCAGUUUAAUUUAAACCAGGAAAAGUAUCACUUGUCAUCAUGAAAAUUAAAGGCGAUCAUGAUCGAUUUCAAUCAAGUAGUAGCACGGACGAUAACGAGUCCGGCUCCGACCACGAUGGUGCCCUUAGCUCCAUGAAAAUGACGAACAUACAGUCUCAUAAUAUGGCAACUGUACGAAGACGUCGAGGAAAUUUACCGAAGCAUUCUGUGAAAAUUUUAAGGAGGUGGCUUUACGAACACCGAUAUAACGCCUAUCCUAGCGACGCAGAGAAAGUAACGUUAUCGCAGGAGGCCAAUUUAACAGUACUUCAAGUGUGCAAUUGGUUUAUUAACGCUCGCAGACGCAUUCUACCCGAGAUGAUAAGGCGCGAGGGACACGAUCCGCUACACUACAAAAUUUCACGAAAAGGUAAAAAGUUGAGUAGUGUCUCACUCACAUCGGAACAAAGUGGUUCUUGGGAUGAAGAUGUGAAUACUGGCGGGAAACGGAUUCGUUUAGAUCACGAUUAUGAUGAAAGGGUGUCAUUAAUGUAUCGUUCCGAGGAAGAUAGUCCAAAUGAAUAUGAGAGCUCCAGUCCAAGUGAAGAAGAGAAAUUUCAUCCGUGGCCGACCGUCUUGCAGUACGGACUAAAUAAUGACUUGGAACAUCCUGCCAAUAGAGGAUUUGUAUGCGAAGAACUCAUCGUAGCGGACGAUUACUGGAAUUCGACGCAAGCACAAAUUACUUCCCUACCUCAAUUACAGCACACGUUUUCUGUAAGCAACUCUAAAGUACAAAUUUUACCGUCACAUAGUUUAGGAACCAUAUCGUCUACCGUGUCAAAAUCGGACGACGAAGAUAAAUUUAAAUGUCUACGUAUUUUGGUCGAAACGGCGGUAGCUGUAAGGCAGCGCGAGAAAGAGCAGGAAGAUAUUCAUUAGGUUUAUGCAUAGUCUUAUUUAAAAAAUGUUGUGCCUUAACGUAUCUCUCCUAGGAUUGCUCAAAUCAUUGUACAUUAUUUACGAUGUUACAACUUUAUGAGAUGUUUAUUGUACCUUACUUCCUACUUUUCUAACUUAGUUUAAACAUAAGAAUUAUGGCAUAAUAGUAAUAUCUUUAAGAUGUAAUUGUACGCAUUUUAUAGCAAUCCGAAAAUUAAGUACCAAGAAUGGAUUUUGUAUAUUGCACAUUGUGCUGGAUUAAUUGUAUUUGCAUUGUACCAUCUUCCAUUGUUUAUUAUUCCACGUAUACUCAGAUGGAUGUAAACUUAAAAAAAAGAUAAACUGUGUGUAUCACAUUUUUUGAAAAUUUAUUGUAAUAUUUAACUGUCAGGCUGUUUUGGAUGUUGCUGUGUUAUAUGAUAAACUAACAAAUGAAUUUGGCAUUGUGCGAUUAUUUGUUUUGUAGAUUGUGAAUUUAAAAUAGUUGCAUUAUAAUGCUAUCGCUAUACA